AUGCAAUCGUUCUCUCUUCUACUUGUUGCCCUCGUACCCCUCAGCCUAGCUGCCCCAAUCGAAACAUCUACGAGUGAUUUGCAAAUUAAUAUCCAGCAUGCUGAUCAAGAGGUGCAGAACGUUUUGACUGACAUUCAAAACUUGAACGAAGCCGUGCAAGCUGCCAGUGGAGAUGGGGUGAAUCUCAAUGUUGAAGCGGUAAACGAACUUGUAGCUGAUGUCAAAGAACAACUGGAAAACGUUCAAAACGAUGAACAAGCGGAAGAGCUUAAGGAACAGUUACAUACUGUUUUGAACGAUGCUGCUGAGGUUGUGAACACCGAAGAAGCCCAAGCUUCCCCCCAAGACGCAGAAAGCUUGAAUGUUCUUCAUGAGGCUAUAGAGCAAUUAGCUGCAGAGACUGAUGUCAUAACUACAUCACCCUCACAAGAAGGAGAAAUAUCCACUCAAGCAACUCUUCUUGAUGCAACACAAGCCAAUACCCAAGAACUAGAUGCCUCCACUACCGUUGCAGAUACCGUUCAGAACGAUGCUACUGAAGAGUUAGCUGAAAGAGUAGAAAUCUUGCCCGUUUUAUCUGAAAACAAUGAUGAUGAGCCCGAAAUCAAUACCGCAGAAACUCUUACUAUCAUUGAGAAUCUGAAUGACGAAGGUUCGGGGCAAGAACAAAACGAUGAUAUUGCUCAUAACGAAAACAACGAACUCUUGAACGAAUCAAUUCCCGCCCACGAAGACAAAACCACAGAAUUAGUGUUUGCCGAUCAAGAAACCACCCACCAACAGAUUGAAAUCGAAGCUGUUGAUCCUUUAGCUGAACAACUUGUGAUUAAUAUCCCACUUCGUUUCACGGUUGAUCAAAUACUCAGUCGCCUGAACAGAAUGGUCUUCAAGAGCCCAACGAACGAAAGAUUAUAUAUUGCCAUGAAGUUAACAGAAAUGUCUCAUUCUCUUAUGAGAAGUGUAGAUAGCGAAAUGGAUGAAGCCCAAAGAAUUCGUUAA